CCCGGUGCAAACGACAAACCCAAAUUAGAGGGAAAUGGGCACGGGAUAGCCCCCAUAACAAGAGGUACUCACUGAAAUAUCUUUUGAUUUCUGAGUUGUAAAUAUGAGCCCGUUUGUAUAUACGGAGAUUUACAUGCGUUUUUACUAUGCUUCUCUUUAAUAUAUCUUCCCAAAUGUUUUUACAUGAGGUGGACAAUUAUUUUGUGUUUGUGUAGACUAGUUGACUGUGGUGUUUAGUGAAAAUGUUUUCAAGGAAGGGCCUUUCCUGUUCAUGACCGGAAGAGGAAAUUAGGGUGAGACAGAAUGCAGCACAUCAAGGGGAAGGGUGAUCCGCUGUGUCCUCUGGGCUUUCACCCCCAGGUGCGGUGGCCCACGCGGUGUAAGAGAUGCUUCAGGGACUACAAAGAGCACGGAAAUAAAAAAGAUGGCAGCAUAUCACUGCGUCGGGAUGAGACAACUGUUUCUUCACCUAGCUUGUCUUCAUGGGCAACCAAGGGCCGAGAUGACAGUAGAUCAUCAGACAGUUUCAGCUCCAGAUCCUGGACGAGCUCCUCCAACCUCAAUCUCAGCUCCUCCGACCUCUCUAGCAAGAAGACAGAGGAAGCUCCUUCCAGCAGGACGGGUUUCAGCCAAGCAGCAUCGUCUUGGACUUCAUCACCGAACCUGGCUAACAUGAAGGAGGAUAGUUCGACUCCGACAGUCAGCUUUACCCUGCGCAGACGACCCUCCGUGGAAACCAGCCAGGAGGACCAAGAAUUUGAAGAUUUUUUGAAGGACUACCGGAGAACGCAGUACACUGUCAGACGACGCACCAGUGGAUCCAACUUGACAGCCACAAGUCCGACAACUGAAACUCCGUCUCGUAGCUUCACUCGGAGCUCCGUAUCUCGAGAGUCACCCUCCCCUGCUGAAAGAGUACGGACUUCCCCUUCCCCUUCCGAGAGAGUCCGUACUUCCCCUUCCCCCAUCUCCGACAGGUUCCGUACAUCACCUUCUCCUGCUCCAGAGAGAACUCGAGAGAGGACCUCUACAACAGAGAGACCAAAAGUCACGCCUUCGACACAUUCAAAUUCCUCCGAUGUUGAAUUUUUAAUUAAGUUAAAAUCGUCCAAGCCACCCAUUCCUCCUAAGAAGUCCACUCCGGCUUCUACUAAGAGCAGCUCUAGCUCGUCAUCGGAGAGUGACGAAGAUGAUGUUAGCACUACCGGCACCGAGACCACAGAAACUACUCUGGUUAACGACAAUAGCGAACUGCAGGAACAGAUAGAAAGUUUGAAGCGGGAACUGGAAAUGAUGAAAGCCAGAUGUGAGAGGGUUGAAAGAGAGAAGAGUGACAUUUUGUUGAGAAGACUUGACACGAUAGACUCGACUCGGACAAAGGCUACUGCCUCCGAGACAAUAAAAAUGCAACAAAAGGUAAAUGAACUUCAAUCAACUGUGGAAGAUCUAAGGGAUGACAAGAAGAGCUUAGCGUUGAAAGUAAAGGAACUUGAAGCUGAUUUAGAGAAGACCAAAGAGAUUGCAGUUGUAGAGAAAGAAGCUGAAGCUUUACGUGCAAAACUUCAUGCAGCUGAGACUCUCUGUGAAGAACUCAUGGAUGAGAAUGAAGACAUGAAGAAAGAACUGAGAGAUCUUGAGGAGGAGAUGGAUGAAAUGCAAGACAACUUCAGGGAGGAACAAGCUGAUGAAUAUACAUCCUUGAAAAAGGAACUUGAACAAUCAAAUAAAAAUUGUAGAAUACUCUCUUUUAAAUUGAGAAAAUCCGAGAGAAAAGCUGAAGCUUUAGAGGCUGAGAAGCUAGAAGCUGAGAAGAAAUGUAGAGAGUUGGCUGGAGGACAGUCAGGUUUGGACAAAGCUGAGAGGAUAAGACAUCUUGAACAGGAACUCGCUAGAUCCAAUGAGGUGGCGAAGAGACUGCAGGCUGAUCUAGAAGAGGCCAAGAAAUCGCAGCCUGCCAAUGGUGCAACUAAGAAAAAAGCUCCGAUGCUGAGUGUAAUCGGAAAAUCAUCUUCUGGAGAGAAAAUGUCAAGAGAGACUUUAACACGCGGAGGAUCCCAGGAAGAUCCUGUUCAGCUCCUGAGGGACUUGCAGGAUUCCAUGGAAAGGGAGGCUGAUCUACGGGAACAGCUGAGGUUUGCUGAGGAAGAGAUUUUUCAGCUGCAAACGAGAAAGCAGAAAAUUGUCAUCUCAAGAAAGGCACCACCAUUUUUAGAAGAGGAUGUUGGACAAGAGUCGAAUAUAACCUCUGUAAAAACCCAAACAUUGUUGACACGUUUGACGUCUUUAGCUUCUCAAAUGAUAUCUGUACAAACCCAAACGGACAUUUACAAAGAGAGUUCAAGCCAGACAGAACCUUUACAGCGGAAAUCAACAGAAUCUGACAUAGACAUGGAAGAUUCAGUUGAUGAAAUUGGUGUACAAUCAGAUAUUAAAAAUCUCAACUCUGAAGCAUCUAUUUGUUCUGUUUGUAAAAGAAGUAUAUUGUCAGACUGCUUUUCCAAGACCAAUAUUCAAGAUUCAGAAGCUCAAACUGAUUUUUACGCACAAGUUGAAGAGAUUGGUACUCAAACUAUCAGUUCAGAUUUGAAAGACUCUAGCACACAAUCACAAUCAAUAACUCCAUGCUGUAAAGAAAUAAGUAUUCAAACUACUAGCACAGAAUUGAAUGAGGCUAGCACACAAUCUGUUCUUCCGUGCUGUGAUGAAAGAAGUGUUCAAACUACUAGCAGAGAAUUGAAAGAAUCUAGCACACAAUUUAUGAGUCCGUGCUUUAUGGAAAUGAGUACACAAACAGUUUUUGCACAUUUAGAAGUAUGUUUGCAAACAGAUAUUUUAAACCUUGAAGACCGUGUCAUACAAACAGACGAUCAAACCAGCAUAGUAGAAGACAGCACCACUGAAAACAUAAUCUCGAGGGAAACAUUCAGCGAUUGUGAAACACAGACAGAUUUGACAAUUUCCAAUGAAAACAGUUCACAAACUGACACACUCCAUUCAAUUAAAGGUAGAAAGACGAGUCCUACUCCCUCCCGGCUAACACCUGAACCUCCCGUGGAGAAGGAUGAAGGAAUCUCCGAUGAAGAAGAUCCUGCGGAGCUCAGACUGCUUCUUGAACUGAAUGAACAGGAGGCUGCAGUGCUGAGGCGCAAGGUGGAGGAGCUGGAAGGAGUGGAAGAUAUGCUGAAGAGAAAAGUUAAAGAACUUCAGGAAAAACUGACAUCCAAAACUACCUCGGCAAACCGUAGAGAUCUCCUAACAGGAGCUGGUUCCACCAAAGAUAACAUACAUGAGAAGAAAAUAAAGGUCCUUGAAGAAGAAAUGAAUGAACUUCGUAAGAAACUUUUAGACAAGGAGAGAGAAUGUGAAAGACUGAAUACUGAACUUACUUUAACACAAAAGAAACCAAAAACUCUACAAAAAAGCAAGUCUCUUGACUACGAUCAGCAAGCCCUGGACUUGAAGCGGCAACUACAGGUUGUAGAACAAGAAGCGAACGUGCUGCGCAGCCGCAACACGACGUUGGAGACAGAAAACGAGAAGUUGCUGACAGAGAACAAACGGCUGUCUCUGACUCAAGCAAAGAAGUCACCUCUGGAUAGAACUUCUAUAGACACUAAACUGCGCGUUGUUGAACUAGAGAAAAAACUUGAGGAGGCAAAUAAGAAGCUUGCAGAGAAAGGAGACGAUUCCAAAGGCAAAACUGGAAUUGAUGUUAAGAAAACAACCACUUCUACAUCUGAAGUUGAAAAGCUGAAAAAAGAUUUAUUAAAGGCUGAAACUGAGAAGAAUAAACUGAAUGCUGCUCUAACAAGGUUAAAAGAAGAAUCUAUCAUCGAUGUUCUUAAAUUCUAUAAGGAAAGAACACCAAAGAAACCAACUGACAUAACAACAAAACUACAGAUGAAAAAAAUGGUGGAAGAUUUGGAAAGUGAAAUCGGUGAAAUCCUCUCUGCUUUCAAAAAAUGUCACGAGGAAAAGGAAAAAUCUGGUGGUAAUAACAUUCAAAAUAAUGACGUCAGUAAAUUUAAAACUGAAAUUGAUGAAUUAACACGUAAGCUGGAAGAUUAUGACAAAGAAAAGAAAACAUUCCGUGAAGAAAAGGCGAAGUUAGAGAAAUUAUUAAAGACAGCAGAAGAAGAAAAGAAGCAACUAGAUGAAAGUGUUACGAGGAUAACAAGCAAGACUGAACUAGAAAAGAAAGCUUUAAAAGAUGCUAAACUAAAACUGGAAAAAGAAAAGAAAGAAUUGGAAUCCAAGUUGGAAAAAAUGUCAAAAGAUAAAAAUUCCAGUGAACUUACAAAAUCUGAAAUAGAAACUUUAAACAAAAAGAUAGAAAAGCUAGAAAAGGAUCUGAAAGAAGAAAAAUCGAACACUGAAAAACUGAAAUCUGAAUUGGAAGUAGCCAAAACAGCUGGGAAAGAAAACUCACAGCUUUCAAAAGAUUCUGUUGAAAAGACAAAAAAGAUUGUAGAGCUUGAAAAGAAGUUCAAAGAAGCGGAAGAAAAGUUAAAGAAAUCAGAGAAGCUUGUGGCCACAAAGAAAGAGAGGAUAACCAAACUUACAAAGGAGCUGGAUGAUUUCAAAAAAGAAAAAUCAGAAGAAUUGGAAAAUUCUACCAGUGAAAAGGAUUCUAUAAAAAGCGAUUUGAACAGAUUGGAAGACAAGGUGAAGCAGCUUCAAGAUGAUAUAAGUAAUAAGAACAGUCUCAUUGAAACAUUGGAGGGUAACUUGAGGAAGGAGAGAGAGAGAGCGACUGAUGCUACUGUGAAGGCUGGCUCUGCUGCGAGUCGAGAAAUCAACCAACUUCGCGAAGAGCUCACUCAAGCCAAGGCUAACUUGCAAGAGCUUAAGGGAAAGUUAACAAAGGUAGAAAAUGACAAAAAUGAUUUGGGAAAGUCAGCAAAAGAAACAGAAAUCAAACUGGAAAAAGAAAUCAAGAGUUGGGAAUCAAAGGUAUCAGAUCUCGAGCUUGAACUGCAGACUACUAGGAAAGCAUCAGAAAAAUUGAAAGCUGCCCAUGAAAAAGAACUUAAGCUAAAAGAAGAAGAGCUUUCCAGUGCUAAAGACAAGAUAAAGCAAGCGGGAGGCAAAAAGGUGGCAGACACAAAGUUAGAAUAUCAAGCUAAGAUUGAUAAAUUAGAGCUGGCAUUGUCAAGUGAAAAGAGGGAGUAUGAUGAUUUAACAGCAAAAUAUGAACAGUUGGAAGAGGAACACGUAGUAAUGAAGUCAAAACUUGUUAUGGAGAAGGAAACGGUUCAGGCACAACUUCUCAAAGUUCAACAGGAUUUGGAUUCAACAAAUGAAAAGUUGGAAUCGUUAAAGGAGAGUACUGAAACUAAAGAAAAGUUAUGGAAGAAAGAAAAGAGCACCCUUGAGGAGAAAAUCCAAGGCCUUGAGAAGAAGGUGAAGUCAGGCAGUGAUUCAGCGGAAACUUGGGUUCUGGAGAAGAAUCGGUUGAAUGCAAUCAUAGAUGAGAAGGGCUCUAUCAUUGAACAGUUGAAGAAAGAACAGCAGAAUCAGUUGGAGCAGAUAGAUCAUAUGCAUAAGGAGAUUGAGGAAUACCGCAAGAAAAUGGAAGAUUACGAGAGACUCGCCAAUUCACAGAGAAACAUGUCAGCAGAGCAGGCUGAUAAGGAAAGAGAAAUCAAAGAUCUCAAGCAAAAGCUGCAGUCCGAGGAGAGGGCUCGCAAAGUGGAGGUGUCGGAGUUGAAGAUGAGAUAUGAGAACAGAGUGACUGUGAUCUCUGAUGAGCUGACCCAGGUGCAAGGACAGGUGUCCAGGUUCAAGAGGGAGAGAGAUACGUUCAAACACAUGCUGGAGGGAGCGCAGAAGACGAUUGCAGAGUUGAAGGCUUCAGGAAACACUCCACGUAGCAGCGUCAGCUUUGAUGAUUCGGAGGAGUAUCGAGGUCAGAUUACAGCCUUGGAGCAGCAGAUCAGCUGUAUGGAGGAUGAGUUGUCAGAAGCGAGACUGGAAAGUUCUCGACUCAAGACAGAACUGGUGUCAGAGCGCUCGGCUUGGGAGAUCAAGAUGUCGGAGAUGACCUCCAAGUUGAAUGAGUUGGAAGAAGACAGAAUACUAAGUGGCAGAACGAAGAUCGCAGGUCUAAAGUCACGGCUGGAGCUCGCGUGGCAGAAAGAAAGAGAGGAUCAACAGCGGCUGCUGCAAGAAACAUCAACAUUAGCCCGCGACUUGCGGCAGACACUGUUCGAGGUCGAACGUGAAAGAGACAAGGAACGUUUGGAGUCAAAACGUAAACUUGAACAAUUGAAGAAGACUGUAGAGGAGGAACAAGAUGAAAACAAGAAAAAGAUGACCGAGUUGCAAAACGAUCUACUGGAAUUGCGAGAUGCCCAUGCAAAGUUGAGGACAACCAACGAGAAGUUGAGAAGAGACAAGGAACGGUUUGAGAAGGAGAGAGAAUCCUUGAAAGCAAUGACUACUGCUAGAAGAAAAGCAGAAAUAGAUGAUGACCGCAAAAUAAAUUCGCUACUUCAAUUGGUAGACGAGCUGAUGAGGCUAGCCCCGGAUCUUUUCCCGAGCAAGUCAGAACCUGUUAAUGUGGCUCAACCUACUCCACCUGCACGUAGAAAAGGUUCAAAAUCCAGAGAAACGUCACCGAUGGUAGAGAGAAGGGACCUCAGCAAAGAGUCAUCCCCAGCAGUGGGCGGCAAGUCAGAGCAGAUGCAGAUCGUCUUGAGUCGUUUGACGGAGGCGACACAGGAGUUGAGACGCAGCCAACGAGCGGCCGAGGAGAGAGACAGGGAGAGAGCACGACGAGCCUUUGCUGCCAGGAGAGCGGGAUCGACAGACUCCGAUGCGUCUGGUAGUGUUUCUAUGAGUGUAGCGGCUGGGGGAGCGAAGCGCAAGGGAAGUCUUUACCGCAAGAGUCUCUCUCUGGAGCAGACAUCUGCAUUGUCCGCAGUUCAAGACAAGAUAUGGAAGGACGACAGAGAAGGAAGUUUAACAAGUAUGCAAUCACUGGAUGAUACAGAAUCCAAAUAUGCAAAUAUUCAAAGACGAGACCCAAGUCUAGACAGCCGACUAUCUGGUGGCUCGACCCAAAGUGAAGUUCUUCCAUCCGACAAGAAACAGAAGAAGGGUUUGUUUGGAAAGCUGAAAAAGCUAACAAAAUCUUCUAGGAGCGUAGAUCAUGAUCGAGAAUACGCCCUUAGUGAGACGGAUAGAGGGUCGGACACCAGUCUAGGGUCUAUAGGAGUUGAUGAUCCUCGAGGAAGCAAAAGUAACCUGAAAGACAGAAUUGUCGAUAUAUUCAAGAAAUCGGGGUCCACUUCUAGAGCUGGCAGUAUGGAGCGAGGAGCUAAGCCUCCAUUGCCUAGUCAGCCUGACGUUGGUUCUGACUCGACCCAACGACCUCUGCGAGCCACAAGUAUGACCAGAACAGAGCCUUCGCCUGCCCGGAGUGAUGUGAGUCAAUCAUCGGUUUCGUCUCGACCCGCAGCAACACCUUCCGCAGUCAAACGUCCUCCAGGCAGUGCUCCUCUGCUGCGGAAAACUGCAGCCAAGAAAUAAACCUUGUGUUUCACCACAUCCCAGCCCACCAGUGUUCAACCCUUCAUGUAUAUAGUCCUCACUCAUACAUUGUACAGUUUUAUAAAAGUGCCUUGACGAUAUUUUUGAGAAAGGGCGAUGAUUGUGAAUAUUAAAGACAGUUAGACAUA